AUGUGGCUUUUUUGUGUCCUUCUAGCUGGGGUGGUCCCAGUGGCGGUAUCAUGGAACGACAUACCGCUACGAUUCUCACGAGUGUUGACUGCGCAUGGGAGAGAGGAUACUGCAGUUAUUACGUGGGGCUAUAACAGGGAGAAUUUGGACAUCGUUAUAGAGCUCACGGUACCAAAAGCAUCUUGGAUAGGUUUGGGUUUGAGCCCUGAAGGUAGUUUCAAUGGAACUGAUAUUGUAAUUGGAGGCUGGGAUGAAAAAAGUGAACAUUUUUUCUAUGAUGCUCACUUGCAAGGAGAGUGGCCGCCUGUUAAAGACAACUCCCAGGACUAUGAGCUGAUAGAUCUGAGACAUAACGAAACUCACAGUUUUCUAAAAGUCUGGCGCAAGUUAUUUACAUGCGACUCCAACGAUCUUGAUAUUGAGAACGACACCAUUCGUGUAAUGGCAAUUUUUGGAGAUGACCGCGAUCUCACUUAUUCCGAUGAGAAAUUCUUCAAGCUGUCCAUGCUUUUUAUGUCGAUAAUUCCAGAUGUUGAAUUCAACGAUAAAGUCUUGACAUAUGAAUUGAGGCUGCCCCAUUUUCCAAUUCCUGCAGAUGAUACCACCUAUGCCUGCACAUUUCUACCCUUGCCACCAGUAACUACAAAACAUCAUAUCAUAAAGUACGAGGAAGUAUUGACCCCCACUUCUGUUGGAAUUGUGCAUCAUAUUCUUGUCUAUGCCUGCUCCAACCACAGCGAAGUGCCAUCAGAAAUUGCACCAUGUUACGGUGAGGACCCCAGAUACGCAAAAUGCCAGGAAGUCAUGUUUGGAUGGGCCGUAGGAGGAGAGGAAUUUUAUUAUCCAAAAGAUGUAGGUGUACCAAUAGGAAGAGAGGAUGACCCUAAAUAUAUCAGACUAGAGGUCCAUUACAGCAACUUUGAUAACAUAGACGGGCUAGUUGACAACUCAGGAAUAAGGAUUAAAUACACUCCAGAACUGCGCAAAUAUGACAGUGGGGUUUUUAUGACCGGCGUCUUCACAUUCCCAGUUCAGUUUCUACCUCCUGGAGCCCAUAUCUUCAACAGCUAUGGACUCUGUGACACAAGUAUAUUCUCUGAGCUAUUUAUGGCUAGAUUAGUGGAGUGA